UUCAGUCUGUCUGGAACUCUGGCUGCAACUUUUUGAGCCCUGCAAAGUACUCCAGAUUGUUUUCUUUUUCAUCGCAAAGACCGGAAAAUACUACGCAGAUGGCCAAUGAAGCAAAGCCCUGUCCCUGUCAUAUCGGGGAUAAGGUGGAAUAUGAAGGGCUCGGCCAGGAGGUCCAGAUCGAGCACACCAAGGCUUACGUAGUGAAACCCACCGCUGCGUCCGACAAGGCCGUUAUUGUCAUACAGGACAUCUACGGGUGGCAGCUCCCCAACACAAGAUACAUGGCCGAUAUGCUGGCUGCUAGUGGAUACAUUGCUGUGUGUCCUGACUUCUAUGUGGGGAAGGAGCCGUGGUGUCCAUCAAAUGACUGGUCCAAAUUUGCAGAGUGGCUUCAAGACAAAAAGCCCACGGAAAUAAACAAAGAGGUGGAUGCAGUGCUGAGGUUCCUGAAGGAGCAGUGUGGGGCCAAACACAUUGGAGCAGUGGGCUUCUGCUGGGGAGGGGUUGCCACACAUUACCUCGCCUUGCAAUACCCAGAAGUCAAAGCAGGAGUGUCAGUCUACGGGAUCGUACGUGAAAGAGAAGACAGGUAUGAGCUGAAGGUUCCUACGCUCUUCAUCUUUGGGGAGAAAGAUGAGGUUAUCCCACUGGACCAGGUGAGUGUCCUAGAAGCAAAGCUCAAGGAGAAAUGCACAGCUGAUUACCAGGUGAAGAUCUUUCCUGGUCAGACUCAUGGGUUUGUCCACCGCAAGAGAGAGGACGUCAACCCCACAGACAACCCCAGCAUCCUGGAGGCUAGGACAGACAUGCUCAACUGGCUCAACAAGUACAUGUAGAGGAGGUCAGAAGAAUCAACAUAGGGAGUCAGUUACAUAUAGCGUGAGUCUGAAAUGGUACUUUAACAAGGUUUCUAUGCACAGGAUUAAAAACUGAAAAUGUAAAAGUUGCCAUUUACAGCAAGCUGAGGUCCCCAAUUGUUAGUGUGAUUGAUGACAUUGCAGUUGUGAGGAAGUGACGUUAAUGAAAUGUUAAUAGAGGGUCCAAACUCUUCAGCACUUUUGCCCAAAAUAUGGAUGCAGUCUGUCGUUUUGUUUAUGUAAUAAUCAUGAAUGAAUUACACCUAUGCAUCAGCUUGCCAACAGUUGUAAAUUCUAAACUUAAAUAAAGAAUGUAAUAC